CACACACACCCUUUUUCACGUGUUUCAAAUUACGUCUAUCGGGUGGGUUUUUAUCAUAAAAACAUCUCUCCCUGGAUGUUAUUCAACACACAUAGCGAGCACCGAUUUCUAUCGUUGGUGCGUAUUGAUCCAUCAGAAUGAGUAUCGCUAGAAGCAGAUGUGCCGUGCUGUUGCUCAGUAGUAUCAGUAGGAGUGCGACCGCUUCAACGAUCACGGUAAACAACAGUGUCAUUUGCGCUUAUCAUACCUUCGAUAGCAACCAAUCGUCACCAACAAUCGCCUCUAGGAGACAUUUUUCCCACUCCACUGCUCGUAACAUGAAAUUUGUGCAGUUUACUGUCGGCUCGAAGGGCGGUCCACAAAAGCUUGGUGUCCUGUCCGAGGAUAAUGGUUGUGUGACCGAAAUUGCCGAUAAACUUCCGCAGGAUCUUAUUGGUCUGAUCAAAUCUGGCGUUCCUCUGGGCAGAUUGGCACAACAGGAUGCGAGAGGAAAGUCGUUCAGCGUGAAGGAGGUGAAGUUGCUGGCGCCGGUGUCGAACCCGCAAAAAAUCCUAUGCAUCGGUCUGAACUAUCGGGGACACUGCGAGGAGCAGAACAAACCCGUCCCCAAGGAGCCAAUGUUUUUCAGCAAAUACGCAUCGGCAAUUGUCGGACCGUACGAUGAGGUGAUUGCCCAUGGAAUCACGAAUCAAAUCGAUUGGGAAGUGGAAUUGGCGGUCAUCAUCGGCAAAGAAGCCAAACAUGUAUCCAAGAGAGCUGCCAUGGAAUAUGUGUUCGGAUACACCGUUGCACAGGACAUAUCCGCCCGCGAUUGGCAGAAAACCCGCAACGGAGGUCAAUUUUUGAUUGGCAAAUCGAUGGAUACGUUCUGUCCUCUUGGGCCCGCCGUUGUCCAUAAAUCAUUGGUACCAGAUCCUCACAACUUAAUCAUCAGGUGUUCAAUAAAUGGAACGGAAAAGCAGAAGGGUAAUACCAGCGAGUUGGUGUUCAGGAUCGACGAUAUUAUCGAACGCGUUACACAAUCAAUUACAUUACUGCCAGGGGAUGUGAUUCUCACGGGAACGCCUGCCGGUGUGGGUAUGCAUCGCAACCCACCGGAAUUCCUAAAACCCGGGGACGUAAUUGAAAGCGAAAUCAAAUCAAUCGGAAAAAUCGUAAACAAGGUCGUUGCAGAUUAGUGAAAUAUCUCAAAAGACUCAUGUGCGUUGAUAUUGCUAACGCGCUUUGAUUAUA